UAUGUAUACACGGACCAGGGCGAUCUAGUGAUAUUUUACACACGUUUUGAACAAUCUCAAAUAUGCUUUCUGAUGCCCUGGUUUUUAGAGUAUAAAAUUUCUCGGGAAAGUUAAACCGGAGACGCUAGUGAAUGUUAUAUUUAUUGCUGCUAAUAAUUUUAGUCGUGCUUUUACUGUGCAGUUGUAGCUGUACGAAGGUCAAAUUUAAUAAUCUGUACAUACAAUUUGUUACAAGUGUGUGUAUGGAGUAGAAAGCAGCUGCGAGACUGUACCGUGUUCCUAAUAUUACUAAAACUACCAGGAGUUCUGUCAUUGUGGAACAGAUUUAGUGGCAAGGUUAGACUAGUGAUGCUAUUUUUUCUGUUUAUACUUUAACACGACCAACCGGUACCUUCCAAGUGCAGAUUUAGGCUGAGGAACGUGUAUACAGAGUACAAAGUGUGCUUUUUGAAAAGUGGUAGUACUGAAUGAUGUAAUUGCACUGGAAGUUGAACGUGGUAAAUUUUCAGUUUAUAAGAGGUUGUCCUGCUUUACGGACGGGUACCGGUCUGUAUAAUGAACAGCUGAAGAAAUUCUUUAAAUAGAGAUAUUGUUUCAAUUUGCAAAACAAUUACUGAGUGAAUUUUUCCCAAAUUACCGAAAUCAACAUGAAGCGCACUUUAGUAUUGUUCAAACAGAUUAGCAGAAUGUUGGACUUUUAUUCUCGAUUCAACCCUUCAUCUUUAUCAAUAAAACAGUUCAUCGACUUCGGUCAGAAAGCAUGUGAGAAGACAUCAUUUGUUUUCUUGAGAAAAGAACUUCCAGUUCGAUUAGCCAAUAUUAUGAAAGAGAUUCAACUUCUCCCUGAACAUCUGCUGCAAAUGCCAUCUGUGGUUUUAGUGAAAAGUUGGUAUGAAAGAAGUUUUGAAGAAAUACUGGAAUUUGAAAAAGCUAAUUCUGAAGAUGGCUUGGUUUUAGAAAGCUUUUGUCAAGCCUUGUUGAAGAUCAGAAAUCGUCAUACAAACGUAGUUCCUACUAUGGCCCAAGGUGUUAUUGAGCUGAAGGAUACUUAUGAAGUUGACCCUCAGAUAGAACAUAGUAUCCAGUAUUUCCUCGACCGUUUUUACAUGAGUAGAAUAUCAAUACGCAUGUUGAUCAACCAACACACUUCUCUCUUUGGGGCCAAUCUAACAGGACACCCCCGUCAUAUAGGCUGUAUUGAUCCUAAUUGUGAUAUUGUGGCUCUUGUGCAUGAUGCUUUUGAAAAUGCAAAGUUUCUCUGUGAUCAGUAUUAUUUGGGUUCACCAGAUGUGAUCAUACAAGAACAUAAUGCACUUGACCUUGGAGCUCCUAUUUCAGUGGUGUAUGUUCCUUCUCAUCUAUACCACAUGCUGUUUGAACUUUUAAAGAACUCCAUGCGUGCUGUAGUAGAAUAUCAUGGGACUGCGUGUGAUGCUUACCCACCCAUUGGUAUCCUUCUUGUAAAAGGAAAAGAGGAUUUAACCAUAAAGGUGUCUGAUAGAGGAGGUGGAAUUCCACGUGCCCACACUGACUUGUUGUUUCAGUACAUGUUUUCCACAGCUCCGCAGCCAUGCUUGUCAGGUUCUAACUCUGCACCACUAGCAGGUUAUGGAUAUGGUCUUCCUUUAUCUCGUCUAUAUGCCCGGUAUUUUCAAGGGGAUCUUCUUCUUUCUUCUUGUGAUGGAUAUGGGACUGAUGCCAUUAUUUAUCUCAAGGCUCUCAGUGACGAAGCUAAUGAGCUUCUGCCUGUGUUCAACAAAACCUCCAGUAAACACUAUCGUACUUCACUGGGUCACCAUGACUGGAGCACAGGAAUGCACCAUCACCACUUUAACAACAACACUAACAAUGGUGAGAGGACCAUUGGAGUUCGUCAUGUCAGCACUUAAUGUGUAUUUGUUUUUCUGGGUGGUAGUAUUAAAGCUUAUAAUCUGUAAGAGAUUCUUGCUGUAUGUUAAAAGUUGUCAUGACUACGUAUGUAACAUGGAUCAUGGAUAAACAGGAUCUGUUUUAGUGAUUUAUGAUUUUAUUUUCGUAGAAGGAUGUAAUUAGAAUGAUUUUAUUUGUGCAGGGAAGAUUAAUCAACAUCAGAGAUUUUGAAAUGUAAUAAUUUAGAAAAUUUGGAAUCUGAAUAUGGAAAAGGUAUUCAAGGCUUGAAAAGGCCCAAAUGUCAUAAUAGCAAUGCAAAUGUGUAAUAAAGUAUAUAUGUUCUAUACUUCUAAGUAGAUUGGAGAGAUUUAUUUUCUAAUCUUUAUGACGUAUAUAUGUAAAUAUGUUUGUAAUGCUGCUAAAGUAAAACAGGUACUGGAUGGAAUGUUACUACAUAAUAUUUAAAAACUAAAGAGAUGAUAAUAUACGUAGUUGUGUUUGAAAGGUAAAACUUCACUGUAGUUUUCCAAGGAAUUAUAUCAGUGUCUGUGGAAUUUUCCUCAAUUGUAAGGAUUCACAGUGGGCCAAGUUAUCUUAAUGUUUCUGAACCUGGAAUUUUUUUUCACCGAGAAGCACAUUGUAUUAGGUAAUUUGAAUAAUUCCUACAUUAGUAUAUCAGAGAGAAACAGAAUGUAUUAGCUUGUCUGAACAAGAUUACAAUAGAUCAGUAUCUUCACCAAAAUUAUGAGCCAAAUCUGGUUUAAUGUCUGAUUUACCUUUUUAAGACACUCACAGAUUAAGUACUAGUACAGGGUUAAUCUAAUUUGGAAUCAAAAGAACCAGUCUAACGCAUAGUUUUGAAAUUUAAAUGUAUCACAGCUUGAAGUUAAAAGAUAAGUUGGAAUUAAAAACAAAAUUGAAUAGGGUGGCCAAACUUGCUUAGUUUGAUUGGGAUCAUCUAACUUAGAUUCAGUUGAUCUGUUGGGCCAAUACAAGUUGAAAACAUAGGAUUUUAUUAAUUAGACUAACGUGGAGUCUGGAAAUAUUAGGUAAUCUGAUUUUUUUUAAAGGUCUGAGAAUAAGUUGUCCAGGUAUUCUUUGCGAAAGAAAAUCUUUUGUCAGUACUCAUUCUGAAUAUCACACAUUAAUUUUAGUGCUAUUUUCUGUUAAUUUCAUUAAUAAAUGUGACUGUUAUUUUGUAUAUCUUUAGCUAUGAAACAAUAAGGGAGCUAAAUGCUUUAAAUGAUAUUUAAGAAGUGUUGUUUUAUUUUAUAAACUUGAAGGUUUAUCUAAUGUUCACUGGUGUCCAAAAGUUAAGGAACAAACUGUUUUAGCAUUUUGAGCACUAAUGUUUUGUACCUUAACUUUUGAACAAUAGUAUAUAAUUAUAUGUUUACACACAUAAAGAAUUAAAUGCUAUGCACACAGCUGAAAGAUUAAAAAUAUAAUCAGAUUAUAGCGUAACUGUAACCCAGUUAUCAUAUAAGCACCAAGGAAGAUUAAUCCCAAGCCUACAACUGCUCACAGACAAUGAAUGAUAGUAGGAAUAAAAAUAUUGAGAGCUUGUAUUGUAAGUAUAUUGGAAUCUACACCUACAUAUGAUAGAUAUUAAUGGAACAGGAUAUUUCAAGUGCUUUUUGGAUGCUAUUUUUUUGCAGUUUCCUGAAAUUGAUAUGACUCGGAUUUUUACUCUUGUAUUUCUGCAUUAUCAAUGUUUUUUGAUGCUGAUUUUAGUUCCCACACAGGGUUGAUUUUGGUUUGUCAUGUUUUUGAAACUGUACUGAAAAUUUCCUACUCAAGUUCCUUUUGGUUUUUCACCCAAACACACCUACUGAUCAAGUAAUUUACUUGCAAUUAUCUUUUUUAAUAAUAAAGUGAGAUAAAUGUAUGUAAUCUGAUGAACUUUAUUAUAACUGAAGUUUACAUUUAGUUUGUAAGUGAACUUAGUAGUUCUGAAUGAUAAGUUUGAAGUCAGUUUAAGGUUAGAGAUAAAAUAUGCCUCUAGUAAUGUUAAGACUGGGCAUUGUAGUAUCUCAUAGUGGUCAAGAAGAGAUUUCACACAUUUAUUUUUAGAUUAAGACAUUAUCAAAGAACACUAACAUUAAUGCAGAAAUUUAACACAGUAUAGGUCAGAAGUUCUCAAUCUGUGAUCUACCGGUUCCCUGCAGGUGGUCUGUGGAAAGGUUGAAUAACCGUGAAAAAGAAGUGGCAGCAUAAUGAUUAGAACUCUUGCAAUCUGCCAAAAUAUAAAAAAAUGAGUCGUAAUCCACAAACAAAAAAGGUGCGAGAACCACUGAUCUAAGUAACUAAGAUCUAUUGUUUAGCAGUUAGUUUUUGCUGAACAUUUUGUAAGUAUUGAUCAAACAUUCCAAGUUAACUGUUGGUAGUAUGAAAGAUAGAGUAUUCAGAUAAAGUGUACAUCAUGCAUGGAUCUAACAUUUUGUAGUUUAAACCCAAAACCUUUUUAAAAAUUUACUCAUGAUUAAUGAACUACAUAGUCUUUCAGAAACUAUAUAUAUUUUGAUUUUUUUCCAUCCAUAAUUUGAAAAACUUCUUCCUAUAAAUGAGUUUCAUUAACUUGAAUUUUUUUUUUAAUAUUUUACUCACUGAAUACUCAUUCAAACUUGCUAUGUAUGUUAACUACAUUGUAUUUUAAGAAAUUUUGUUCUUAAUUCCUAUCAUUAGAAAAAAAACUGUUCUCACCUUCAAUGAUUUUUUUAUAAAAAAAUCUUUGGAGCUGCUCUGUAGAUUUAUUUGUAGUUAUUUAUUGCACUUGGAAUAUUUAAGAUUGAAUAGGCAACUGAAUAGGUUUGAACUAUGUGAAAUCUUAAAAAAACAAAAUGGGUGAUGGGGAUGAAAAUUAAUAUUGUCAGAACUGUAUUUAUGUCUUAGUAAUCAUUAUUAACAUUAAACUUUUGUACUUUAAUUAAGCUUCUUGCAUGGAUAUUUUGGAAAGAUGAUACUAUACAUUUUUUAUCCUACAAAAGAAUGUUUUAGCAAAACAAAAGUGUUGGCGAUCAACUGUUUUCUCUAUCACUUCAUGAUUAGGAGUUAUGAAAUUUGACGUUUGCUCUGAGAACUUUUGACUUACAUAAAGAAUGGGCACUAAAACAACUUUUGGCUUCUAUUUUAUGUGGAGAAAUGACCACAGUUGAUUAUUUCUUAGGUAUUGAUAUUGUGACAGCCUUUGGGUAUGGCUUGAUACUGGUGAAGGUAACUGUAAAACUUGGUAAACUUUCCGAAUUUAGGGUGAUAAAACAAAGAACAGAAUUAGAAAAUGGAAAUGAAAGAUUUCCAUGAUUUAGAUUUGUGAGCUUGUAUUUUUUGUUGUUGUUGUUGCAAAAUUCAAUAGGUGUAGGCACCAAAAUAUAACAUAUUUAAUCCUAGUUGAGUAGAUUUUAUCCAAAUUAAAUCAUAUAUCAGUUUUGUAGGAACUAAAUCUAUUGUACAGCUUUUUUAUCUCUGUUAUGUAUUUAAAUGAUAAUAUAUAAGCACUUUUUGUUGGGUUUUUAGACAAACAUCACAAUACAUAAUGAAUUUACUUUCUCUCUUAGAGAUCUAUGUAAUAUUAGGGGCAAACAUUAUUUUUAAGCGUGUUGGAAGUAUAUUAUUCCUUACCAGUUAUGAUCUUGUCUCUUAGAGUACAAGAGCUAAAAAGUGACCCUUGUAACUUUUAGUUUUUGGUGAUUCAAUCACAUUCACUUCUUUUUGUUAUGAAAUUGAAGGAUUCUGUCUUAUUGUGCUUCAAAUAACAUAGAAUUUUUGCACAUAAGUAGAGUAAUGAUUCUUCUUUUCUUCUCUGUAUGCAGGUUGUUGAAUAGGGAAAACGUUGUUAAACAUUAAUGUUGAACUAUCAUGUACUGUUUUUGUCUUUAUUUACAUUCAAGUUUCAAUUCAAUCAAUAAGUCAAAUAAUAAAAUUGUAAAAACCUGAAUUAUAUCUUUACAAAAGAGAAUUUUAAACUUGUUUGUAGUACUUUUCUUUACAUUUUAUUGGUAGGUAUUGUUUUGUUUUUUCAGUAAAAUUUGAUUUUAGUUAUUUGAAAGUUGUACAGUGACCAAUAGGAUAUUAUUGUAACAUUUUCUGCUCAUUGUUAUGAAUUGGAUAACUUUGCUGUGAAAUUAUCUAAAGUAGAAUGCUACAAAAAAGUAAGUAAGCUUAUUAAUUCAUAUUCCAAUAUCAGAUACACAUACACGUUGUGCGUCUGCUUAUUGACCAAACUUAUUAUCUGGUUUGUUUAGUGCUCCCAUCUUGUAGACAUGAGUUAUUAAAAUUAUUGUAGUGUAAAGUCACUUUGUGGCUUAGAUGUGUCACUACUGGACACCAGAAUGUGUAAAUAGCAAAAAAAAUAAAAAUAAAAAAAAAUCCAAACCCCAUAGAACUUGAAACAUGUAUGAUUGCACAUGUAGGUGUUCUUGUAGUAUUAAGAAUUUAACUCAUCCUUAUGUAGCUCACAGAACUUGUUAGAAACCUUUAUAAGUUAUCUUGUAUUUGCUUUUUAGACUGACGUGUAUACUGGAAUAUUAAAUGUUUAAAAAAGUUUAUUUGUGGUUGUGGUGGUGUUAAUCAUCACACAUACCGUGCACAGAGUAACAGUUUGGUCUCUGUGAUUAACAAGGUUUCUAAUGUUUUAGUACUGUGUAAAACGCAAGAUAUUUGUAGGAUAUUUCAAAGUUCUCUAUAACGUUGAAGUAGUGGCACGUUACUAUGGUGUAUACAAAAUAGAUUUGUAUUUAUCCCAGUAAUAUGUUGUGUACAAAUUUAGAUAUGUGUGUUUCUUUUGCUGACAAUAAAAUUGGUGUGUUAUAAAUCAA